CCACAUCAGAGAGUCGCUCGCUUACAGAAACAUCGGUUGGUCGAGCCUAUGGACCGUCUGGAAGACAGGAUGUGUAAGAAACACGACAGACUUCUGGAGCUCUUCUGCCAGACUGAACAGGUGUGUGUGUGUGUCAGUUCUGCACAGAGACAGACCACAAGUCCCAUUCUGUUGUACCUCUUAAGGAGGAAUAUGAAGUAAAGACGGCUCAACUGGGGAAGAUAGAGGUUGAAGUUCCGCAUAUGAUCCAGGAGAGAAAACUAAAGAUUAAGGAGAUCAAAGACACAGUAGAUCUGAGCAACAAAGACGCAGACAGAGAGAUAGCCGAUGGUGGGCAGGUCUUCACUGCUCUGAUAGGCUGUGUUGAAAAGUGCUGGGAAGAUUUCAACCAAACGGUUAAAGAGAGAGUGAAAUCCAUGGAGAAACAAGCUGAAGACCUCAUCAAAGAGCUGGAGCAGGAAAUGGAAGAUCUGACCAAUAGAAGCUCAGAGGUCAAGCAGCUCUCACACACUAAAGACCACCUCCACUUCCUCCAGGCCUUCAGAUCCCUGAAGAAUCCUCCAGCCAUCAGGGACUGGACGACAGUGGAGGUCCGUCCUCAUUCUUACGUCGGGACCUUGAGGAGAUCCCUGGAUCAGCUGGAGGGGACACUGAACAUGGAGAUGAAGAAGCUGCAUGAUUCUGAACUGAAGAGGGUCCAGCAGUAUGAAGUAGAUUUGACUCUGGAUCCUGAUACAGCUGCUUCCAGUCUCAUCCUGUCUGAGGAUGGGAAACAAGUACAUGAUGGAGGUGUAGAUAAGAAUCUCCCAGAUAACCCUAAGAGAUUUACAAAUUAUAUAUAUGUUCUCACGAGGCAGAGCUUCUCCUUAGGUCGAUUUUACUUUGAGGUCCAGGUUGAAGGCAAGACUUUGUGGCGUUUAGGAGUGGCAAGAGAGUCCAUCAACAGAAAAUGUAGGGUAAAAACGACCCCUGAGGCGGGUUACUGGACUCUUUUAUCUGACACGGAUGUGUUGAUAUUCAGAGAUAACCCAAACGUCCAUCUCCCUCUUCGAGCUGGGCUCCAGAAGGUGGGGGUGUUUGUUGAUUAUGAUGAGGGUCUGGUCUCCUUCUAUGAUGUGGAAGCCAGGGUUCAUAUCUACUCUGCUACUGGCUGCACCUUUAGUGAGCCUCUCUAUCCAAUCCUCUUCCCAGGUCGCCAUGAUUAUAAAGGUAACAACUCUGCCCCCCUCAUCAUCUCACCUGUCAAUCAAACAGACAAGGACCGUUGUUGGAUAAUACCAUAUACAAACAACCAGAACAACUAAUUUUGUUUCCUGAAUUAGAAUCUCUAUUAUGUGAGAUCUGAGAUAACUGCAUUAAUGUUGCAAUGCUGUCAUUUAACAAGGAUAUGUUAGUUAAGAAUCUAACCCCAGUUAUUGAAUACAACCCUUUAUAAAGGUUUAGAUUACAUAUUGUCUGUUUUCCCCAGAUUUAUUCUAUAUGUUUAACGCUAAAUUGUUAACAGUUGCAGUUAUGUAGAACAUUUUAAGAGGAUUCAUUUGUAUAAAUAAUAAUUGUAGUUUAUUAACUUUUCUUUUGGUUUUAAAAAAUGUAAUGUUUAGGCCUACAUUAUAAUUGUAAUUGGUCAUUUCAGUGAAAUAGAUACAUUCCAGUCCAAUAGUGUUCAGUAGAAAUACUGUCUCAGUGUAAUACAAACAAAAAGUUUUUGUGGCCUAAAACCCUCUUUUAAUCAUUUUGAGAUUGAUCAAACGUUUUAAAUCACUGAAGAAUUGCAAAGGUUCGUAGUUGAUGAACCAGUAUAUGACUUAAUCGCCACCAUACAACCCUUCAUGUAUUAAACACUUACACAAAGCUCAAAGUGACUACAUGUAAAGAUUCUCCCCAUGUGUGAGUACUGUGACUGUCUUGUUUGCUCUCCUCUCCAUCCUGCUCUUUCCUGUCUCUGCUCUCGUCUGAAGCUAAUCUAGGAUUGUGUUUAUUAUUGUCUUACAUUACAUUACUUAUGGUCUAAAUUAGUCACCAAGUGUCGUUAGUUGCCUUUUAGAAAUAAAGGCGCUAAGAGUCAAUGACACGUACAUAACUGUUAAUGAUCGGUAAUGUUUGGUACUAUUCUUUGUGUUGUUCUGUUUAUUUUGUACUUUUAAGUGACUAUUCUUCAGUUAUAUUCGUUGUUAAAGCAUAAUGGUAAUAAACAACUCAGUCGAACCAA